AUGAAUAAGCCUAAGCUCCACUAUGCCAACAGUGCGCUAAAUCAGACUGCACCAGAUCGCUAUUACCACAGCUGGUCUCAGUUCGGCACUUGGGUUCGUAAGCUCCUGCAUUUCCGACGACUGCAACCAUUCCACCGCGACUUCGCAGGCUUCAAAUCGGGCGAAGGAACCAAGCAAUGCCACAGUUCGGAGGUCGGGACGUACAGUUGCGUCAAUUUCGCGUUCGAAUUUGACGCUAGCGACAUCUUCCAUAUUCGACCUGUUGAGGACAUGCUGAGGGACACGAGGUUCGCAUCCGUCUACAGCUGGAGAGAGAUGUUUGGUGAAGGACAAACAACUUCUGCAGUUGAGAAAGGCGUGGAUCAGGCAGCAACUUCUAGUGGGCGAGAAGGGCAGGUGAACCAACGAGAGGUAUUUGUGCUUCAUCUGGAGACGAUGAAGGAAGACCUUACCAAACUGUAUGACCGCGUCUGCGAUCUCUACGGUCGGUAUUGCCGUCGAGGAGUUUCGCGAAAAUCAGGAGUUUCACAAGAAAUAAAAGGGAAUGCUCCUUCGUCUGCACUCGAAACCGAAGAAGCAGAUUUUCAUGAGAGCUUCGCUAGACACGAGAUGACUGCAAGUGCAACAUUAGAAGGACAGCAACAUGAACUUCAAUAUGAAAAAACAAGUUCCGACUCUGAAGAUGACGACGAUGCGUAUCGAUUUUUCGUCGAGGAUGAUGCAGGAGAGCAGAUGGAAGUAACCUCGGACUAUGUAGGAGACCCUCGAAGCGAUUUUGGAACGGAUACAUUUCCUAAAACGAGGGCCCGCGCAACAUUCCCUAAGGUCUAUCCCACGACUAAUCGCCGUCCACAGGGAAAAAACGCAUGCGAUUUAGAUUUGAAUUAUGAGGUUGGUUGCAGGAGCUUGUUGAACUUGAAUUACUUGCCGCGUCCAACUGAAACUGAAUGAUUAGAACUACAGAGCGUAGGCAACCUAUUACUGUUUGUGCGAUUACAUGUUCUACGUCGUAGUUGUCAGGCUUCUUGCAACUUUUAGUUUUAGCUAAGUAAUUUGUUUCUAGUUCUACAACCCGUUGACUCCACCUAGGCAUGCUUCAUACCCAGCGAUUGCAGUUUUCGGCGGAUUGCUUGACUACUUGGGCGGAUCUUUGGAAUAAGGAUCCGGAACUGGUGGAGAUGGUGCGCCACCACUACGCCGUUGAUUUUGCGCUUUUCGGGUACGGAGCAGACUGGAACGAUAUUUUCCCAACCGCACGAAAUUAUCAAGACAACGUACGGGCUGCUUACUCUAUACUAGUGGAAAGGGAAGCGCUAGAGGGGUCGGAUGUCGUGCAGCUUCCGGAGAGUUGACGGAUGCAUGCAUGGGCUUGGGACUGAGGGAAAAAAGGGGAGAAGUAGAGUUGUACUCUGCCCAUUUGUUGGUGGCCAAAAACAUCCGAUUGAUAUAUAUAAAUUCUGUCGGAUACGGAUCCGUAUAUAGACGAAUACAAGACCAGAACAACAACUCUCCCCGGAUCGAAAGUAGCAGCGAACACUCUCUUUCUCUCAGCAUCAGGC